UUUACUUAGCCAUUUGUCUCCUGCGUUUUAACUGUCAUGACAGCCACAUAGAAGAUGCAGUCUUUCUCAAGCUAACCGUAAAGGAACCCGCAACAUUGUCAAUGAGUGAAUAACGUUUGGAUGUUAAAAAACAAAAAAAAUAUUAUAUAACAGCGAGGCAAACGCCGGCGUUUCCAUCUGUCGGGGAACCAUUUUAUGACUGCCAAUGCAUCUGACCCAUAAUGCUAACGUUGUCUCGCUAGCUUAAAGUGGCUAGCUAAGCUAUCUCGCGUGUCGUGUUGAUGGGUUCGCUGAACAAGCUACACCUGGGAAAAACCACGACUGCUGCUUUGUAAACAACAUGGACACGGCCGAAGAAGCGGAUAUUUGUCGUGUCUGCCGCUCCGAGGGCACCCCGGACAAACCUCUGUAUCACCCCUGCGUCUGCACCGGCAGCAUCAAGUUCAUCCACCAGGAAUGUCUGGUCCAGUGGCUGAAACACAGCAGGAAGGAGUAUUGUGAAUUAUGCAAGCACAGAUUUGCAUUCACACCAAUCUACUCUCCCGACAUGCCGUCACGCCUGCCCAUUCAGGACAUUUGCGCCGGCCUGCUGACCAGCGUGGGCACGGCCAUCCGCUACUGGUUCCAUUACACUCUGGUGGCGUUCGCUUGGCUCGGCGUGGUUCCUCUUACGGCAUGUCGCAUCUACAAGUGUCUUUUUACUGGCUCUGUGAGCUCACUUCUGACACUGCCGUUGGACAUGCUCUCCACAGAGAACCUGCUGGCAGACUGUCUUCAGGGCUGCUUCGUGGUCACCUGCACCCUGUGUGCGUUCAUCAGCCUGGUGUGGCUCAGGGAGCAGAUCGUCCACGGCGGCGCGCCCCAGUGGUUGGAGCAGCACCAGGCGCCGCCUCCCAAUGCAGCCGGGCAAGCCAAUGAGGCCCAACCCGCAGGACCAGGAGCGGCUGACGAUCCCCCAGCUCACCCAGUCCCUGCAGAGCCUCCGGCCCAGAAUGAGGCAGAACCGGAGCCCCCGGACCCGCCGGAGCAGGGUGACGACCCCGAGCUGGAAGAAGAGGAGGGGGCGGCUGCCGAAGACGCCGACCCCAACAAUGGAGCACAAGAUGACAUGAACUGGAAUGCUUUGGAAUGGGACCGAGCAGCUGAAGAGCUCACAUGGGAAAGGAUGCUUGGCCUGGAUGGAUCUCUGGUUUUUCUGGAGCACGUCUUCUGGGUGGUGUCUCUCAACACACUCUUCAUCCUGGUGUUUGCAUUUUGUCCCUACCACAUCGGACAUUUCUCUGUUGUGGGUCUUGGCUUUGAGGAAUAUGUUCAAGCUUCCCAUUUCGAAGGCUUAAUAACAACCAUCGUUGGCUAUAUACUGCUAGCCAUGACGCUCAUCCUCUGUCAUGGAUUGGCUGCUCUGGUCCGGUUUCAGCGUUCCCGACGCCUCCUGGGUGUCUGUUACAUUGUUGUCAAGGUGUCCCUCUUGGUUGUCGUGGAGAUUGGCGUUUUCCCGCUGAUCUGUGGCUGGUGGCUCGACAUCUGCUCUCUCGAGAUGUUCGACGCCUCACUGAAAGACCGUGAGAUGAGCUUCAAAUCCGCACCGGGCACCACCAUGUUCCUUCACUGGCUCGUCGGCAUGGUCUACGUCUUUUACUUUGCUUCUUUCAUCCUCCUUCUGAGAGAGGUGCUGAGGCCCGGCGUGCUGUGGUUUCUGAGAAACCUCAACGACCCGGAUUUUAACCCAGUUCAGGAGAUGAUCCACCUUCCCAUCUACAGACACCUGCGGCGGUUCAUUCUGUCCGUGGUGGUGUUUGGCUCCAUCGUGUUGCUGAUGCUGUGGCUGCCCAUCAGGCUGAUUAAACUCCUGAUGCCCGCCUUCCUGCCGUACAACGUCAUGCUCUACAGCGAUGCCCCAGUCAGCGAGCUGUCGUUGGAGCUAUUAUUACUUCAGGUCGUGUUGCCAGCUUUAUUGGAGCAAGGACACACUCGCCAGUGGCUCAAAGGCUUAGUCCGGGCCUGGACAGUCAGUGCUGGAUAUUUACUAGAUCUGCACUCCUACCUCCUCGGAGAGCAGGAGGACACUGACGCUAACCAGCCCGUCAACAACAACAACAACAACAACCCUCCCCCGGGACACCAUAACAACAAUAACAACCCGCCGCCAGCCGUUGGCGAGGGGCUGCACGCGGCCCACCAGGCCAUUUUGCAGCAAGGCGGCCCGGUGGGCUUUCAACCCUACCACCGGCCUCUCCGCUUCCCGUUCAGGAUUGUUCUGUUGAUAGCGUUCAUGUGUAUGACCCUCCUGAUGGCCAGUCUGGUGUGCCUGACCCUCCCAGUCUUCACCGGACGCUGGCUGAUGUCCUUCUGGACGGGAAGCUCCAAGAUCCACGAGCUGUACACGGCAGCCUGCGGCCUCUAUGUCUGCUGGCUGUCCAUCCGCGGAGUUACUGUGCUGCUGGCUUGGAUGCCCCAAGGACGCACCGUCAUUAUGCACAAAGUUCAGGAGUGGACGCUCAUGAUCCUUAAGACCCUGGUUGUUGCUCUGCUGGUGGCUGGAGUCAUCCCUCUGCUGCUGGGUUUGCUCUUUGAGCUGGUAAUAGUAGCUCCACUCAGGGUACCUCUGGAUCAAACGCCCCUCUUCUACCCCUGGCAGGACUGGGCUCUUGGAGUGCUCCAUGCCAAAAUCAUAGCGGCCAUCACUCUGAUGGGCCCCCAGUGGUGGCUGAAGACCGUUAUUGAGCAGGUGUACGCCAAUGGAAUUCGCAACAUUGAUCUUCAGUUCAUCAUCCGGAAGCUGGCAGCACCCGUCAUCUCGGUCCUGCUGCUGUCCCUGUGUGUGCCCUACAUGAUCGCGGCUGGGGUGGUGCCUGCUGUCGGAGUGACCCCAGAGAUGGAGAUUCUAAUGCAGAGGAGAAUCUACCCAUUCCUCCUGAUGGUGGUCUCUCUCAUCGGCAUCCUGUCCUUCCAAAUUCGACAGUUCAAACGUCUUUAUGAGCACAUCAAGAACGACAAGUACCUGGUGGGCCAAAGGCUUGUCAACUACGAAAGGAAAUCCGGAAGAGCAAGCUCAGUCCCCCCCUCUAACCCGAUCACGGAAUAAGAUUUUGAACCGUGACGCCGCAUAACCCCCCCCCUGUUUGAUUUUCAACUCAGUCACUGGACUGUAAGCCGUUGGAAUCUCCAUUGGAUCACAGUGGAUUCCAUGGUUAUUCACUUCCCUUUAACGCCCAUCUUAGGUAGGAAGGGAAACAUGUAUUAUAAUCAUGGCACAGCAAAGUAAGCACGAGAAGGGUUAGGAUUUUUUUCCUUUUUGUUUUUUUUUUUGUUUUUUUAGAUUUAACAUUCGUGUUGUGGUUCUCGCCUUGCUUUGUAAAGCGCUGCCUGAUAAUUGUACAUGUGUAAAUACUUUGAGCUGACGCAGAUUAUGUCUUAAGAGGAAGACAUGGAUUAUUGCAAUGACCAUUGUACAUCUUAAAAAAAAAAGUGUAUGUAUAAUUUAUUAAAUCAAACUGGCAAUUUG